AUGCCACACUUUCCAAGCUCUGCACGUCAGCAUCCCAGGCGGUUUAUGCUUGUCACCAACCCUCGCACUUGCUCCAAUCUCUUGGUCCGCAUCCUGGGCCUGGACAAUCAGCCACACACCAAGCAUGGCAGCUACCAUCUCCUUGGCUGCACGAUCGCCAUGUCCACGAACAACCUGUGGGAAAAGAACGCCGAUGAAUGGACGGAGGAACAGAGACAGUUCACACAUGGAGUAUACAAGAAAGGGAUCGAGGAUCUGGAGGGAAAUUUGACACCAGGCCCCGAAGACAAGAUCUGUUUCACCAAGGAGCAUGUCGAGACUUUUAUCGAGCCUACGACUUUGUCGAAGUACAUCCAUGGACAUCACAAGGCUGAGCCCUUGACUUUUGACAUCCCUGGAUACAGCUCUGACAAAUCUGCUGGCAAUGAGACAGUUUUUCCAGACGCAUACCUAGAGUCCUGGAAUCCGAUCUUCUUGGUUCGACAUCCGGCUAGAGCGUUCGAAUCGGUAUAUCGAUCUUUCAUUGAUGUCGCGAAGACUCCUGUGAGCGCAGGUUCGAGCCAGAAGUCGAUCGACGGAUUUAUUGAACUCACUAUGACGCUUAGCUGGACCCGGAAGCUGUACGAGUUUUACGGAUCUCGUGGCAUGGAUCCUAUCAUCAUCGAUGCGGACGAUGUUGUCGUCAACGCGGAGCCGUUGACACACAAAUUGGCGGAGUACAUUGGAUUCGACACCAAUGCGCUCCAAUAUAAAUGGAACGAAUGUUCGAAGGACCAGAAGGAGAAGCAGGAGGCACAUUUUCAGAGGAUGUUGUCGUCGCUGAAUGAGUCGAAUGGCGUCAAAGUGGACCCUGCGAAAUUGUCCAGCAGUAUCAAGUCUGCGGCAGAGCUUGUGCCGAAGUGGACUGAAGAGUUUGGCGAGGCGACUGCCAAGAAAUUGGAGCGCUGGGUUGAAGCUGCGAUGCCAGACUAUAAUUACCUGCGUGAGAGACGGAUGAGGCCAUGAGUACAGAGUGACUCAGACCGUAACCGGCGUUCACAGUAUAGACAUCAUGGCGAAUCGAGCUUCCACCUUAUGCGUCUGCGUUCAGUCGUCUUGCAUGGCCGAAUGUUUGUCUCCAGGUCCGUAAUGCUUGGUCGACAGCUCAGUCAACGGACUCGACGAUCAGAAUUUCCAAGGCUGGUUCCAAGAAUCCGGAUCACAUCAAUGGUUUGUACAUGCUUAGAUCACAUCAAAAUCCCAUGCCGUGUGUGUCCAUCAUGGUUUCCAGGAUCGCAACGAGUGAUCGUGCAUGAUUACAGGGCUCAUUGCACCAUUAUGAGUGGCGCAAGCUCGUGCGGUGGCACAGCAGGUGCGAUAAGGCUGAGAUGUCAUGGAGUAGGUGGCCCGCGCCUUGACAAUGGCUUGAGUUCGUGCAAUGAAACUUAGUUCGCUCCUAGCUAUAGCAGAGAGGGCUUGUCCAACGUCUUAGGCUCGGCGAUGUGGCCUUUCCUGGCUCUAGGCACUUUCGCUUGCAUGUGGAUGUUGUCAAGUUGUCUCAUGUUCCAUGGGCUAAGCAUCCACCGCAGCAUCAUUCGAGGCCAGUCUUGAUGCUGGGAAGUCGCUCUGUGUCUCGUUUGGUGAUGUCUUGGCUUGAACAGUACCUCCACUCAGGCGCUUCGCUUUCAAGCUCGCACGUGUAUAGUGACUUCCUUCAUCUGAAUAGCCACGUUUCGGUUCCUGUACUGCUUUCAACAUCGCAUUUGAACGUGCUCCAUCCAGAGAGCCAUCGGCCGCGGACGAAGCUUGCCCACAGUCUCGUCGACGGCUUGGAGACACGAAAAGGCGAUGUAAAAUGCUGAUCCUUGGCAGAAUGAAUUGUGUCCUUUGGUCUGGCCGGUGGACACCGACAAUGCCGUCAACGCUGGUCAGCUUCGGAACGCUUUCCAGGUGGUCAUUGCAGGCAGCAAUGGAUACAACAAGCUCGUAACACUGACACCUUCGGAAUCCAAUUCAGUUGUCAACCUUGGCAAGCGCGCAAUCUCAGUGUCGACUUGCAGGGAUGGCACGAGAACAGGCAUCAGGCAGGUUUCCCUGGCUUCUGCGAACGGUGCUGGUCCACUGAACGUCACCUUCUGCGUUGGUUGGUGCGAUACAGAGUAUACCAGGACGAGGCCUUGUAUGACAAAACU